CCACCUUCUCAUUCUUCUUCUUCUUCUUCUUCUUCUUCUUCUCUCUCUAUAAAACCCACCCCGGCCCCCACUCUCCCGUCCGUCACCAACAUAAGAAUACAAACAACCACCCCCAUCAUCAACUCUCUCUCUCUCUCUCUCUGGAGAAUUUAGAUCACGAAGCACUAGCACAGAUAAGGAGCUUCCGGAGUGAUCGAUCAUGUCAGGCGACGUAUUGGUUCCCAAACCUAGAUCCAAAUCUGUCCACAUCCGACAAGUCUGGUCGGCCAAUCUUGACUCCGAGUUUGCCCUCAUUGGAGAUCUCGUCGAUCGCUACCCUUACGUUUCCAUGGACACUGAGUUCCCCGGCGUCGUUUUCACGGCUUCAGUCGACUACCGCCACGGCCGACCUAGGCUACAGCCGUCCGACCACUACAGGCUCUUGAAGUCAAACGUCGACGCUCUGAACCUGAUCCAGGUGGGUUUAACGCUCACCGACGCUGCCGGAAACCUCCCGGAUCUCGGGGACGGCGAGAGCAGCUUCAUCUGGGAGUUCAAUUUCUGCGACUUCGACGAGCGCCGCGACCCCCACGCCCCGGACUCCGUGGAGCUUCUCCGCCGCCAGGGCAUAGACUUCGAGCGGAACCGGUCAGAGGGGGUGGACUCGGCCCGCUUCGCUGAGUUGAUGAUGUCGUCGGGCCUGGUUUGCAACGACUCAGUGAGUUGGGUCACGUUUCACAGCGCGUACGACUUCGGGUACCUGGUGAAGAUCCUCACGCGCCGCGAGUUGCCAAGUGGUCUCGAGGACUUUUUGGGAAUUUUGCGCGUCAUUUUCGGGAGCAACGUUUACGACGUGAAGCAUUUGAUGCGGUUCUGUGAGAGGCUGUACGGAGGGUUGGAGCGGGUGGCGAGGACCCUGGAAUUGGACCGGGCGGUGGGGAAGUGCCAUCAGGCCGGUUCGGAUAGCCUGCUGACGUGGCAUGCCUUCCAGAAGAUGAGGGACGUCUACUUUGCAGGGGAUGGGCCGGAGAAACAUGCCGGUGUUUUGUAUGGCUUGGAAGAAGGAAGAAGCCCUUUUGUGCAAAACUAAAACUUCGUUUAAUUGAUUCUUUCUUUUUGGACAAAAUAAAAAUUUCAAAUUAUCAGUAGUGAUCAAACAAAUUCAAACUUAA